AGUAGCAGCAUCAGCAAGCUGUACCAAGCAGGCUUGAACCUUUCGCAAAUCUGCGAGUCAGCAGAUACGUUCACUUGUUCAGGCCUUGAGGGUAACCCGUGUUGGGCCAAUAAAAUUAGGCCCUUUUAUUCUUUCUGAGUCCAUGUCUUCCGCUCCGCUGCGGCGCUGACUCUGGUGCGGUGCGCGAUGAGCCUUUCCCUUGCUGCUGUUGCUUCCGAUGGACGGUGCUGCAGCUGCAGGAGGAAGUAGGGAACCGGCGGCCAACGGUUCCAAACCUGAGGAGCAGCAGUUUGAUCCCAGCCGAAUGAUCGGGAUAGUUAAAAGGAAGGCCUCAAUUAAAGACUUGGCCACGGCAUACCAUGCUGAAUGUAUAGCAUCCUGUAAAGAACUCCUGCAGCUUCAGAGAAAGUGGGAGGAGGAGCAGCAAGUUGAAGCCAAAAUGCCUGAAGAACCAAGAUCGUUGGUGUUCAAGACCUCGAAGCAUAGGAAGAAGUAGAUUUAGGAGACUAGUUUUUACUUCCUUUCAAAAGAACACUUUUUGGCUCUGUCAACUGCUGUGAUUGUUAGCUUGAAAGUAAACUAAACGCCGGGAAACAUUGCCUUAAGGUGGGUUUAUACUGUAAAACUUCAUUUGCCUUUUACCAUUUGCUCUUUUAAUUAAUA